AUAAAAGCCGGUCUCGUAGGAACUAUUUUGCACAGGACGUGUUUCCUGAGGGACCCCUCUAAAGUAGACGCUACUUGUGUUACGUAAACAAAGAAACCUUACGGUGUUUAAAUUAAGUAGUAAAUGAGUGUUUUGUAGUCUAGGGAAAACUGUACUUUAAGCAUACAUUUUUUAUUUAUGUAUUUAUAUGAAUUAAAGGUCUACAGGGGUGAAAAAUAAACAAAGAACAAAAGUUGUAAUGUGUAUUAUGUGCCGUAGACUGAUGUUGUGUUUGAGUCAGACCUGAGAACAGGCUGCAAUGGGAGUUCAUGGCCUGUGGAAAUUACUGGAGAGCACUGGGAAGCCCAUCAACCCUGAAACCCUCGAGGGGAAGAUCCUAGCAGUCGAUAUCAGCAUCUGGCUAAACCAAGCAGUAAAGGGCGUGCGGGAUCGUGAAGGCAACAACGUCCAAAAUGCUCACCUUCUGACAUUGUUUCACCGUCUCUGCAAGUUGCUUUUCUUCCGCAUCAGGCCAGUCUUUGUUUACGAUGGAGAUGCACCUCUGCUUAAGAAACAGACCCUGGCUAUCAGGAGACAGAGGAAAGAGGAGAUGGCUCUGGAGUCCAGGCAAACUCAUGAGAAACUCUUGAGAACGUUUUUGAAGAGGCAGGCCAUCAAAACUGCGCUAGGGGACCGCAGUAAAGAGACAAUUCCUAGUAUUUCUUCUGUACGAAGAGAUGAAGAGGACGAACUGUAUGUUUUACCAGCACUGCCUCCUGUAGAGGAAAAAGAACGAAGCAGUUCUGAUGAAGAACCAGAAGGAGAUGAAGCACAGACACAAGAAUGCUAUCUCACAUUUCAGGAUGAGACUUAUGAAAAUCCCAAUUCCAUCGACAUCAACUCAGAGGAUUUCCACAUCUUGUCGCCAGAGAUCAAGCACGAGAUUCUCAAAGACAUGAAGGAGUUCAGCAAGAGAAGACGCACGCUUUAUCACAAACCUCCUGAGAGGUCAGGGGACUUCUCUCAGUAUCAGCUGGCUGGGCUACUGCAGAGGAAUAACCUGAACCAACGUCUAGAGGGUGUGGAGAAAGAAAUGAGCCAGCGCAGAUGUGGAGCUGUGGAAGAGGAGUACAGCCAGGGUGGAGAGCAAAACGUCGAGUCACGCCGACUCAUAUCGGAGGAUUCUUCACACUAUAUACUCAUCAAAGGGUCACAAAAGUGUACACAGACAUCUGAGAGUCAUCCAGCCCCAGAUCCCUGGUCUUCUGGCCCUUGGUCAAGGAAAGGGAGACCCAAAGGAAGGCCAGAGCCACUUUGGCGCCCAGUAUCAGAUGGAAUUCCUGAGGAAAAGGAGCCUUCUUCUUCUUCAUCAUCAUCAACUACUCCAAAACCAAUCAUUUGUAGCGAGGAACAGCCUUCAGAUGGAGCGCCUCCCUCUCCACGAACACUCCAGGCCAUUCAGGCAGCCAUGAUGGACAGCAGCUCGGAUGAAGAAGAAAUGGUCUCGAAGAAAACUCUCCAAGAUGGAAGUGGAACCGCAGGUUCUCAAGAAGGAACCGGUGGUGCAUCACCUCGCACUUUGCAGGCUAUUCAAAGGGCCCUGAUGGAGGACAGUAAUGUAUCUGAACAGAUUCAAACUCCGAAGCAGAAGUAUGUCAUUGUCAGUAGCUCAGAUGAUGAUGAUGAUGAUGAAGCAGAAAGCACAAUGAUGAACAGGAGCACCAUGUGUGAGGCUCGGGAAGGAGGUGGAGUUUCUCCGCAGACUUUACUAGCCAUUCAGAGAGCUUUAGGAGAAAAGGAGUCAUUUCCUGGGAUUAAGCAGGUGGAGCAUGGGGGUCUCUUGAGCAGCUCUGAAGGGGAGGAAAUGAAAGAGGUCUUUGGAGUGAGGAGCAAAGAGUUUAAAGCUGCUGCACUUACUCAGGAACAAGAGUGUGAAAAAGAUGCCCUGAAGACAGGUGUCUCUCCCUCAGAUCUACACUUGGAUAAGGACACUUUACCCCAAGAUCGUGAACCAAGUUCAGAAACCAGUUUCCGGGAGAAAGAAAGUUUAAGCAUUAAAUUAUCUGAGAAACAGGAGAGAAAUGGGCAAGUCAUUGUAAAGAGUGAAGAGGAGGACAGCAGCUCUGAAGAAGGUUUCAUUGAGGUUUCAGAUGGGGAAGAGAUGUCUGAAUUGGAUAAUUCCGUAACCAAAUCAGAAGAACAAUUCCCAGAAGUGAGUGAUAAAGAGGAGGUGGUGGGGAUCGAUAAAGAGGAGAGCCAAGAGAAAGAGUCGAGUGAUGGAUCUUUAUCAUUAAACAGCAGUAAUCUGAAAGAGCAAGAAGCUGAAAGCUCCCCAGCUGAGGCAGCUGUUCCUGCACCCAGUGAAUGGGAAAAUAUCGACGUGGAGGAGCUGGUGGAGUUGGAGAGAAGUCUGCAGGCAGAGCAGAGCAGCCUGCGGGGGCAGCAACAGCAACAACAGCGCAGCGCUGCUACAGUUACAGGACAGAUGUGCCAGGAGAGCCAGGAGCUGUUGCGGUUGUUCGGUGUGCCUUUCAUUGUAGCCCCGAUGGAAGCCGAAGCUCAGUGUGCAGCUCUGGAUCGGACGGACCAGACUCAUGGCACCAUUACUGACGACAGUGACAUCUGGCUGUUCGGAGGACGACACGUCUACAAAAACCUCUUCAACAACAACAAAUAUGUGGAACACUACCAGUUUCUGGAUAUUCAAAACCAGCUCGGACUGGACAGGACUAAACUGAUCAAUCUGGCCUAUCUACUGGGUAGCGAUUACACUGAAGGGAUCCAAGGAGUCGGAUACGUCACGGGCAUGGAAAUACUAAACGAGUUCCCUGGGCCUGGAUUAGAACCUCUUACUCAGUUCAGUACUUGGUGGAACGAAGCUCAAACCAAAAAGAAGCUGGCUGCUGAUCCUAAGGACACGAAAGUGAAGAAAAAGCUGAGAGGCUUGACUCUUCAUCCAGGAUUCCCCAACCCUGCUGUCGCCAAGGCCUACCUCCAGCCCACUGUGGACCAGUCAGAGGGCUUGUUUUGCUGGGGCCGCCCACAGCUGGAUCUCCUUAAAGAGUUUUGUUACAGUCGAUUUGGUUGGAACAGCAGGAAGACCGAGGAAACUCUUCAGCCAGUCUUAAAACAGCUCAGCACUCAGCAGACUCAGCUGCGUAUCGAUUCCUUCUUCCGUCUGGAGCAGCAGGAGAGGCAGGCCAUCCGCAGCCAGCGCUUACGUCGAGCCGUCACCUGCCUCAAGAGGAAGGAGCGUGAUGGAGCAGACAAUGAAGCAGAGAGCAGCGAAGAUGAAAAGGUCUCACCAGUCAAGAAAGGGAAGAAUGCCAAAGAGAAAGAGACUGAUGUUACACCUGCAGGGCUGUUUGGAGGAGGUUUUAUUGGGUUGGACAUGAGUAUGAGUUCUAACAGCCCAGAAGAGAAGGUGAUUGUGGGUGAAAUUGAGAAACAGCCUGAAACAGUAAAGAGUGACCUGCCGAAAGCUGAAUCCAGCAGCAGCAGCAGCAGUUCAGAAGAUGAACUGGAGCAUAAGAAUAAAGCCACUAUGGUUACUGCUCGGUCUGUAUUUGAGGGAAUAACAAGAGCAAGGGGAAGAAGAGGAGGACGAGGAGGAAGAGGAAAAGCCAAGAAAAAGUUAUAAUGAAAAACUGCUCAAAUAUUUAUGCAUUUAUGCACGUAAGGCAAAAUGUGGCAUACAAUGUGAAUGAAAUAACAUAAAAUAUUACCUCGAUUUUCUGCCAUAAUUUAAUGUUUCCACAAUUUCAAUUCAAUCAUGUAUAUUUUUGUAUUUUUUAAAAUAAAAAAAUCAGUUGAGAAAUUUCCUCAAGCCAGCGCUGCAUGAAAACUGAAUGUCUAAAUGUUUUUUGUUCAGUAAAUUACCUCUGGCUUCUUAAUGUGUCUAAUUUAUUCCAUAGGUUUGUAACCCUGGUCCUGGACAUUUUAAGC